GGCAGACUUUACGGCCCGCAAGCUGAUGAGACAUGAGCUGCCAGCUGGCGGAUCAACACCCGCUAGCUUGGCUUAGCUAAAACCUUGUUUCUAUUUCUGGAACGAUUACAUGAAAGGUUCUGAUUACGUACGUACUAUUUGUUGACCCGUCGUUGCCCCGUCGCCCAAUGGCCGGGUAUUCGAAGUGUUCGACACAGUACCAAGCCCGGAUACGAGAUGGGGACAUUAAUGCUAGUUUGAGACUCAGCCCACUCGUGUCAACGCGAUCAACGCGAUCAAUCAGAUAAUAAAAAUGGCCAUGCCGGCACUUUUCUCCAUACUAGUGAUAAAGCAGAAUAUAAUAAGCAAUCUCACCUCUCCGCUUUCCUUGCUUUGCACGUCAGCACAUCGUGAAAAAAAACAGGAGAAUCGCAAAUCACCAGUCUUUUUCGCCUUAUCGCCACCCUAGCAGACAAACCUCAGGCAACGUUGGCCCUUAUUAAUACCACCAAAACAGCAAUAAUAAGCGUCAGCCCCCUUACAAAUCCGACCCACCGUAAAAAUGUCAGCAACCACGACCUCCACCGCCGCGCGCCCGAGCACCAGCUCCGCCUGCGGCGCCGACCUCUUCAACAUCCCGGUGCAAGACCCGGCCGUCGGAAUGGGCACCGGCGGGAACCACACGGAGAUCAUGUCGGCGUGCUGCGGGAAGGCGGACGUGAUCUCGUACUAUAAGGGAUGCGGGCUGUACUGCUUGGCCGAGGGACAGAGCGUGAACGACGUGAUCGAAUGCCUGUACAGCAAGGGCGCGGCGUACCAGGACGUGUUCUACCGCAACGAGCUGAACGCGACGGCGACGGUGACGGGGUCCGCGCUACCGACUUCUGUUGACGCCAGCGUCGUCGCUACCGGCGGCAGCACCAAGUCCACCGGCACCGGAAGCUCCACCAGCUCCACUAGCACCCCCGGCGCCGCCGCUAACGUCCGUCCCGAGCUCGGCAGCGUGACGACCAUGGGAUUGACCAUCGGCGCACUAUUGCUCUCCGCCACCGCUUUCGGAGCUUUCCAGCUCUAGAUAAUAUCCACUGAGUCGAAGGGGGGGGGAUAUGUAUAUUAGGAAAAACGAAGCACGAUAUGAGCACGUUGGCCUGAUGAAGGAGACGGGGUACGAAAGGGGGGAGAGGCGGGGAGGAGAGAAUGGUGGUUGAGGAGUCUUUCCACACUAAGUUCCGGCGUACUAUACCAUUUGGGAUGGGCAUCGGGAAAUUUUUCGAUUCACGAACAUAAUUGCAUCCAUGGAAAUGGCAUUACUGUGAGCAGAUAGAUAGAUUGUCUUGUAGGUACCUACUAUUAAUGGGUAUCGAUGAAUUACAUAAUAGCAUACCCACUGCCUUUACCGAUGAUAUGG